AUGAGCACCGUGUCGCCAUUUCUUCAUUCUGGUCCUCGCACCAAGAAAGACUCGAUCGCCAUUGUACAUCUGUCCCGCGAUAACCUGGUGCCAACCAUUCUCAAUGGCACUGUAGGUGCAGUCGACGGUUAUGCCGAGGGCAAUGUCAUCAACACGAGAUUCGGAUCCUUCCCCCACUCGACCUUGAUCAACCAACCAUGGGGUUCGCAAGUACGUGCCUCCAUUGUCGACACCGGAUCGCGAGGCCGGAAGCGCAAGGCCCGCGAAGAGACCGACGAACCUAGCAAUGACACCGAAGAGCCCACUACCUCUGCAAAGAAGCCCACGGCCGCCGCAAGUGGCUUUGUCCAUGUGCUACCGCCUACUCCCGAGUUGUGGACUAUGGGUCUACCUCACCGAACACAGGUUGUAUACACCCCCGACUACAGCUACAUAUUACACCGUAUCCGCGCCAGACCGGGCAUGAGGAUAAUAGAGGCUGGUGCUGGAAGCGGAAGCUUUACCCAUGCCUCGGUAAGAGCAGUGUAUAAUGGAUAUCCGACUGAAUCUGGCAGCCAGAAAGGCAAGGUCUUCAGUUUCGAAUUCAACGAGGCGCGGUUUCACCAGAUGGCAAAGGAAAUCGAUGCCCAUGGGCUCAAGGAACUUGUCCAAAUGACGCACCGGGAUGUCUACAAUGACGGCUUCUUGGUCAAUGGAGAGAGUCCAGCGGCCGAGUCUGUCUUUCUCGAUCUUCCCGCCCCAUGGAAAGCACUGCCACAUCUCUCACGAAGCCGACCAGCCACCCUGUCCGCAGAGCAACCUUGGGUAUCGCCUUUACGACCAGACCGCCCAGUACAUCUUUGCACAUUCUCACCUUGCAUCGAACAAGUCACACGUACUGUGGAUUCGAUGCGCAGGCUCGGUUGGAUGGACAUUGAAAUGGUCGAGGUAGCCCAUCGGCGGAUAAAUGUCGUUCGCGAGCGCAUCGGCUCAAACUUACCUGGCGACCGAUCUUCGAAUCAGAACCCCGCCGAUGUUUCUGAAGCUCUCGAUCGUCUGCGGGAAGUUGAGGGCAGAUUCAAGGAGUUCCACGGACGGGGACAAAAGGCCACGCAGACUGCCGAUGCCGAUGCCGAUGGUGAUCUUGAUAUGGGCGAUGCAAGCGAGGCCAAGGACUCCAAGACCAACGGCUCGACAGAACAGUCUUCCCCCAAGAAAGAUACUGAUUCCUCACUGCCCCCAUUCAUGCUCGGCAAUCUUGUGCAUCGUACGGAGCCUGAGAUUAAAACACAUACAUCAUACCUUGUCUUUGCCGUAUUACCGCAAGAAUGGACCGAAGAGCAGGAAGCCGAAGUGUACCAAAAAUGGCCAUGUGGACAGGAGAAGAAGGUGAUUGGGAGCCUGGAUAAGGCAACUCGGAAGCAGGAGAAGCGUGAGCUACUCAAGGGCAAGGGGAAGAGUAACAAGAAGCAGCGGCAUGGGAAAGCUGCUUAG